AUGCACGAAUCUACAGUGGUGCCAACAGACUUCACGAGCCGUUCUAACAAGACCGUGCACUCGUCAGCCCCGAAACGCCGCCGAUCGAGCAAGGACCCGCUUUCGCCCGGGGUGCGCCUGACCAUGGGAGUGCGCAUGCGCCUACUGAGUGAUCUUGACUCCGAGACCACCAGCAUCGUCCUCGUGGUCAUCACGCCCGCACCCGAGGUAAUUCCGACUCCCGCAACAUCGAGGCACCCUACCACGGAGGAGUAUACAAUGGUGUCGCCAAACAGCAAGAGACGUUCUAACGAGGCCACGCAGUCGUCAGCCACGAAACGUCGCCAAUCCAGGAAAGACCCACCGUCGCCUGGAGUACGGGUGAACGUGAGAGUCCGUGUGCGCCUACUGAGCGUUUGUGACUUUCAGACCGCAAGCAUCGUCCGCGUGCUGGACGACAGGUGCCAUGUGUUCCACCCCAAGGCCGAGGCGGAGUCUUUCCAUUUUGAAGGCGGGCGUAAUGUCAAGCCCAAUGAAGACCCAACGUUCAUGUUUUAUCCGUUCUUUGAUGAAACAGAAGACCAUGGUGCAAUUGCUCUGAAUUGGCUGGGCAUUUCUACGGGCACCGGCAAAGCUUUCGCAUUGCUGGGCUCCGAGGAAUGCCCCGGCGUGGUCUCCCUCAUGGCCAGCGAGUUGUACCAGCGCGCGCCCAAGCUGCAGUCAGAGGGCCAGACAUGCGACGUAGCUGUCGCCUAUCUAGAAGUCUACAACAAGGUUGUUCGAAUCCUGCUGUGCCUCGACCCGGCCAUAAACAUUGCCCUAUUGUACCUCACCAUACACAAGGUGAAGGAGGCCGGCACCCUCCUCGAGCCGAUCAUGAAAGGAAAGAACCGGACGCAGCAUGCCACCGACGCUGAUGCUGAGUCUUCAUGGUCGCACGCCAUCUUCCAGAGCUACGUCACAGUGACCGAGAAUGUGACCAGUACAAGCAAGGAAACUCGCGUGUCGAUGUGCUCUGUUGACCUUGCCGGCUCGGAGUGCGCAGCUGCGGCCAGUAGGGACUCAGAGGAUCAGAUGCGCGAGGGUACCAAGCUCAACCUGUCGCUCCUGGCCCUCGGCAACUGCAUCGACGCCCGCUCGAAGAACGGGACCCAGCAUGUGUCGUACCAGGACUCCAAGCUCACCCACAUCCUCAAGGACUCGCUGGGUGGCUCGGGCAACGCCCUUGUGAUUGGGACAGCGACGGCGUUGAAGCUCAGGUGCACGCGAACGUACAACUACACGAGCAUUCGCUGA